UUCCAAAUAUCCAUCACCACCACAUCGCCACUACAUACCAUCAUGACCUGGACGACAUUUUUUGGCCCUGAACUGCAGACCAAGGACGGCGUGUUCCCCACCGACCAAGUGCUCGAAGGCAAGAAGUACGUCGGCAUCUACUUCUCGGCGCACUGGUGCCCCCCUUGCCGCGGGUUCACGCCGCUGCUGAGUGAAUCGUACGAACAGUUCAUCGAAGACGACAUCAAGGACGUGGCGAUCGUGUUCGUGUCGUCCGACAAGGAAGACGCGUCGUUCAACGAAUACUACAACGACAUGCCGUUCUACGCGCUCCCGUUCAAGUACCGCGAGCAAAAGGACGUGCUGGCCAAGCAAGUGUUUGAAGUCAAGACGAUCCCGACCCUUGUGUUCCUGGACGCGGCCGGCAAGACCGUGACCAAGGACGGACGCCAGUUGGUCGUGGAUGCGCGCGGCGACCCCACGCGCGUCUUGGCUGCACUUGCGGCCGUGGAAGCCACGCAACCUUGAAAACAUCAACCUUUUUCAUACCAUAAUAACACCCGAUCGACUGAAUAUACAUACCUCAAAUAGUUCGUUUCAAGGCAUUGAAAGUGAAUACUAACUAAUACAGUCCAGAAGAAGAAUCAGUGCGGUGGGGACCUCGUCG